AUGACGUCCGCAAUCGCCAAGAUCGUCACUAAAAAGAUUCUGGGGGAAACCAUACAGAACAAGUUUGGAACUGAGGACCCUUACUUUGAACAAGUCCCGGCCACCCGCCUCAACGGAACGCCAAAUGGCAAAUUCAAGAAACGCAAGAAGGCUCUCCCCCCGGGCAUCUCUGAACAUGAUGGCAAGGUCUUGACCAAGGUUAAGCGUCGAGCUUAUCGCCUAGACCUCGCUCUCUUCAGUUGCUGUGGUGUCCGUUUCGGCUGGGGCAGCGCCCUGGGCUUGAUCCCUGCCAUUGGUGACGUCUUGGACAUGCUCAUGGCAAUUCUCGUCAUGAAGACAUGCAUGCAAAUCGAUGGUGGACUUCCAACCUCUGUCAAGGCUAGGAUGAUGGUCAACAUCCUGUUCGAUUUUGGCAUUGGAAUCAUCCCUUUCAUUGGCGACCUUGCUGAUGCCGCAUUCCGGGCCAACACCCGCAACGCGGCUCUUCUCGAGGCAUACCUCCGUGAACAGGGCAAGGAGAACUUGCGCAAAAGUGGACAGCCGUUGCCAGCCGUUGAUCCUAGCGACCCAGAACAUUUCGAUCGACUGCAGAUGCAAGAUCCGCCCGAAUACGUUUCAAGCCCGCCGUCAAGGCAUGAAUCCAUGUCGGAUAGACCUCCACGCAACCGCGAAGGCCGUGAAGGCCGUCACAGUCGUCACCCAAGCCAGCCAGAGCCAGCACGGGUUCGCGAAGGCCGUGGAUUCUUUGGUCGCAGCAAGUCUCGGCCGCAUGAUGUCGAGAUGGGCGAGGUUAAUUCCGGGUCACGAAACCAUCGCCGGUCGUCCCACCGUAGGGACCGACGCUAG